CAGCCGUGUUAGACAAGUGCAUUUGCCCGCCUGUUAUGUACCAGGUUGGAGCACAGUACCAUUGAUGUGUGGGACUUUUUACAUAGUCAGAUUAUAGGAAUGCAUUCAAAUCAGCUCCCUUUGAAUUCAUUCCAACUGCUAUCUGCCAGCAUCUGUUACUAAGGUCUGAGUUUUCGCUUUGAAAAUGGAGCUUGAAUCUGAUAACAAAGUAGUUUCUACCGUUUCAUAAAUCCUUCAGAAGCCAAAAUGCAUCUAUGGGGGAUUAUACAGUAAAUUUAAAAAGGUACUGGACGCUUCUGACAAUGAAUUCAAAGUGAUUCACAGGAAUUCUCACGAGGCUAUCUACUUAAUGGAAAAGAAAGUUGAAAAUGGAUUUUCUGCAGAAGAAACUCGCAUCUCAACCCUGUUAGAUCGAUUCCAUUCUAGACUGGGUUCCAAACCUAAUGAUGACAUCAGUCAUAAAGUAAACCAAUUAGCGUUACGACUGUCGGAGGCCAAUUGUCCUAGUAGUUCUAUCCACAAGUACCUGGUUGUUCUGUAUCUAUUAUCCAGCAUUAAAAAUCGUUCUCUUGCAGCCAAAGAAUACCAGAAUGAUUUGGAAAUAUCGGUUGCCUCUUUGGAGAAUUCAUAUAACUCAUUAAAGGCUAUUAUUUCAGAGGUCGAUGAUAUGGAAAGGAAUCUGAUAAGGUUUUCCAAUGAUUGGUGUCUUUCUCAAGAGAGCAUACUAUCAGAUAUGCGUUCCAUGCAACAUAUUAAAGAAAAGUAUUCGAGUUUGUCGAAAUCCCUAAGUGAUUCAGACCGUCAAUUAAGUAAUUUAUUGUCAUCUGUGGAAAAAGCACCUGAUCAGCGCCUUCUGAUUUCAUGGAAGAAGGAAAUUGAAAAACUUCAAGAUCGGAAGACAAUAUUGUCUAAUCGUGUUGACCAGUAUAUGGGAAUUGAUACCGAUACCGCAAAAGCUAAAAAACAAUUAGGUGAUGCGCUUUCUCAAAUGGCAUCAGUAGAUUCACAAUUACAGAAGAUAAUGGGCUUCAAUGCAUGGAACUAGAAGCCACCCGUCAGUAUUAAGCAUUUCUUACACCCCAAAAGUUUCUUUUAUCUUUUGUAUUUCACUAAUUACAUAAAUAUAAGUAGUUGCUACGAAAAAACACCUCUUAACCUUUCGUUGAUAUUAUAUUUAUGCUGUGGAUUUACUUAUUAAUUAAAAAAGGUG